AGGAGUCUCGCGAGAUUUCCUGGCGUACAGCUGCCUCUUGGCGCAGAAGAUAUCGCGAGAUUUGCGAGGGGGGGGGGGAAUCCGAAAGAUGUGUAGCGAAUUUUUUUUUUUUUAAUUUAUUUAUUUAAAUAUAAAAAAAAUGGCCGCCGCAGAGAGCGGAGAGGAGAUACUUGAGGAGAAAAGCGAAGACCAGGAGCAGCCGGGGCAGAAGGAGAAACCCCCAAAACCGAAGAAGUUGAAGAAGGAGAAGGAAGGGGGGCGGGAUGAGGAGGGGCUGCAGCCUGCCCCGCCCCCUCCUCCUCCUCCUCCUCCUCCUCCCCCCUCCUCCUCCUCCGCAGAGCAGCUGCAGCCACGGUCUUCCAUGGAGGCUGGGAGAGCCGAGCCCUGCGAGUCUGCAGCGGGGGCCGCCAGCUCCGCCCCGGCCCCCCCAGAGCCUGCCGUCUCCCCCAAACAGAGACGCUCCAUCAUCCGCGACCGCGGGCCCCUGUACGACGACCCCUCGCUGCCCCAGGGCUGGGCGCGCAAGCUGAAACAGCGCAAGUCUGGGAGGUCGGCUGGGAAAUACGAUGUGUACCUGAUCAACCCGGAGGGGAAGGCCUUCCGUUCGAAAGUGGAGCUCAUCGCGUACUUCCAGAAAGUGGGGGACACCACCACCGACCCCAACGACUUUGACUUCACCGUCACGGGGCGCGGCAGCCCCUCCCGACGCGACAAGAAGCCCCCCAAGAAACCCAAGGUGGUGAAAGCCUCGGGGAGGGGGCGGGGGAGGCCCAAGGGCAGCGGGAAGCUGCGGCUGGCCUCCGAGGGGGUGGCAGUGCAGCGCGUGGUGGAGAAGAGUCCCGGCAAGCUGCUGGUCAAGAUGCCUUUCGUUCCCCCGGCUUCCAAACCCCAAACCGGGGGGGUGGCAGUUAAAAAGAGGCCCGGCAGGAAGAGGAAGCCGGAGCAGGAGCCGCGGGGGGGCGCCCCGAAGAAGAGGGGGCGCAAGCCGGUGGCAGCGGCGGCGGUGGCGGCGGCGGUUGGGGUGGGGGUGGCUGGGGGGUCCGGGAGUCAGGGGACGAUACCCGCGGCAGCCAGCCUGGCAGCAGCGCAGGCAGUCGAAGCCAGGAAGAGAGCUCCGCUCGCGGGGAAGGUGCACGAUACGGCGCUGCCCAUCAAGAAGCGGAAGACGAGAGAGACCGUGGAGGAACCGGAGCCGCCGCCUCCUCCUCCUCCUCCCCCGGCCGCCCCCGCGGUGCUGGAGAAGGGAGCCUCUCCGGGGAAGGGAGCGAAGGUGGCUAAGAGCUCUGGGAGGAAGCACAAGGAAGAAGGGGACGGCAGCAGCAGCGGAGGACGGGGAAGCCCCCCAAAGGGGCACAAGAAGAAGGAGAAGCCCCAGCACAGGCAUCACCACAACCCCCAUCACCACCACCACCACCACCACCACCACCACCCCCUCCUCCCCCCCCAGCCGCCUCCAACCCCCACCACGCUCGCAGAGCAGCCGCAUGACUUGAGCGCCCCCAAACUGUGCCGAGAGGAGCAGCAGCAGCCCAGAAAGGAGGCUGCCACCCGAGGGGACAGCUGCCCCAGCAAGACUCAAGCAGCCGCUGCUGUGGAAGCCAAAGGCAAACAGCGGGCGGGGGUGAUCAUGGGAGGGGGGGCGGAGGGAGGGGACAUGAAGGACAUUGUGCCCACGUCAGCCGUGCCGAGGCCCAGCCGGGAGGAGACUGUGGAAUCCCGGACCCCCAUCAGCGAGAGAGUGAGCUGACUGCAAAACAACCCGAUCAAAUAAGAAUGCCGACGAUGAUGAUAAUAAUUAAUAAUAAUAAUAAUAAUAAUAAUAAUAAUAAUAUCGAUUAUAAUUAAAAAAAAAAAAAAAAAACCUUUAAAAAAAAAACCAAAACGUAUAAAUAGAGGAAAGAGAAGUCGUUGGAGGCAUAUGUAAUAGAAAAAAAAAAAAAUCAUAAAGGCAGCUGAAGAUCCCGUACUCCCAGAGGAUAGGGCUCCUAAACAGACAACUAAUAAUAAUAAUAAUAAUAAUAAUAAUAAUAAUAAUAAUAAUACAGAUUGCUUCCUGACAACUAGACACACAUUUUUCUUUUUUGUUGUUGUUGUUAUUGUUAUUAUUAUUACAAUUUAUUAUUUUUUUAUGAUAUAUAUUUUUUUUGUUUUAUCAGGUUUUUUGUUUGUUUGUUUUUUUCUGGUAGUUGUCAUGUUGCGAAGCUUCAAGAUGGAGUUUGAGAAGGAAGAUUGGAUAUUAAAAAAGGCAAAAGAUAUAUAUAUAUAUACUGAACAUGUUAAAAGACAAGCCACUGCAUAGCAGCUAAUGCUAUUCCCAGUUUCUCUAUCAUCUUCAUUAAUGAAGCCCAGCUGCUAUUCCGUGGUAGUCUUUACUGUUACAAUAUCGUUAAUGCAAGCUGACCAUUGCAAAGUACGGCAGCAAAACUGCAUCUCUCGUGUGCAGGGCUAGUGAGGAUCCCAGUAUAUUUAACAGGACUGCGGGUUUUUUUUUGUUGUUUUUGUAAAAUCCCUGCCAUAGACCAAAAUAUAUAUAUAUAUAUAUAUAAUAUGUAUAUUUCAUCUUGUGUGUCGGUUUAAAAAACCAAAAGAAACAAACAAAAAAAACUCCCAGACUAAGUCUACCCUUCCCAGCCUGUGAAGGCUCGAAAGGUUUGGGUGUCUAUUUCUACGUUGAAGCCAGAUAACCUCCCUCCAUGCUUUUUUUUUUUUUUUUUUUUUUUGAAGCUUGAAAAAGCAACGUGGUUUAACUGCAGUGGGGUAAGAACUUCCUGCUGGCUGGCUUUGUCUGUCUGUCUGUCUGUCUGUCUGUCUGUCUGUCUGUGUCUGGCUGGCUCUAAGAGGUUAAGACCAGACUUCGAGAGGAGGCUGAAUCUCCCUUGUAGAGAAGUCACAACAGAUGCCAGAGCCCUAACUGCACACAGCGCUUGAAUUUCUAAAACAGGUGUGAGGAUUAAGAGGUUCUGGGAACUCUGUGUGUGUGCUUUCUGGGACUGUAGAGUUGAGAUGUUAAAGAUAAUAUUUAAGGGCAAUCGUUCUAUUUCAGACUCUGACCAUUAAUAAAAUAGGAUUGCUCCUUUACAGUAUAAAGAGUGACGGAAGGAGAUUAUAUAUAUAUAUAUAUAAUGUGUGUGUAUAUGUAAUACCUUAGAUUUGUACCUCUUUUAAAAUAAGUUGAACGUAAUCCAAUUUGGCGCUUUGCAUUUGUAAUUAUAUUACCAUGGUGGGGGUAUUGGGAGGGAGGUGAAGAAAUGUUUGAAUUAUGCAACAGCGCGCUACAGGUGGGAUAUCUUUGUGCUUUCGCACUGAAUUGUAAACUGCAGACAGAAGAUGAUGUGGUUUGAGUUUUACAGACUCCUUUUGUGGUGAGGUUCAGCCAAGGGUUUGUUGGGCUCUGAUCGAGCAUCAGGCCGGUCUGUCUGUCUGUCUGUCUGUCUGUCUCUGUCAGCAGCAAGAAAGACAGACACUGCUGCUGUCAGGAAGUUCUUACAACUGUGAUUUGAGUAUCGUUUUCAUUUUUUCAUUUUUUUUUUUUUUAAAUACAGAUUUUUGUAUGUGUGUGUGAUAGAUAUAUAUAUAUAUAUAUAUAUAUAUAUAUAUAUAUAUAUAUAUAUAUAUAUACUGUUUUUCUUUUUCAAAUGAAAAAGCACCUUAUCUAAAAAAAAACAAACAACAAAAAUUAAAAUAACACAUACAGUAAAAAUAACAACAACAACAAUAAUAAUAAUAGUAAUACAAAAAAACCUCCUCGGUCCGUGUAUUGAAAUUAAUUUGCGAAUCCAAAUUCGACCGCAUAGCGGCUUGCCACGUGACUCCAUGUGCACGAGGACAGCGUGACACCGUUCAAGCUGUCUAACUCGCACACCCCAGUGCAUUCUGGUAAGUGUAGUCCUGCUGUGGCAGGUAAAACUGUCCCAGAAUGCACUGCUAGGCGAGUUGAAAAGCCUGAACUGUCCCAAACUGAGUAUCCGUACCCCUGUACGAUAGAGGAGAGGCACAGACACCGGUUUGAUUUAAUACAGGGGAUGGAGGAGGCAUGACCAUUGCAGACAGCGGCUAAGACCGUCUUGUGUUUCACCACGCAGGCUGUUCAAUAAAAAUAAUAAUGACAGUGAAAUGUUUUCAGGCAAUGCCAGGAAGGUUUGUUCUCGUUUUUCGGGGGGGGGGGUGUCUCGGCCACAAAAACCACAAGAUUAAAAUAAACCAAAAAAAAAAAAAAAAAACUGAUAAUUUAUUUCCAUUUUCAGCUGUAUUAUGUUUCCCGGGGGUGGGCAUCUUCUGAGAGAGUUUUUCUCUUUUCCUCGAGUUAAUCAAACACCCCCCUCCCUCACUGAACCCCAACUCUAAGAGAUCAGUGACCGAACCUCCUUUCUGAGUUAACUCAAGAGGUCGUUCACAGCUACAGCUCUGGCCAAAAGUUUUGCAUCGUCCCCCUGUAGAAUGAACUCCCUCAGCUUCGUAGAGUCCAAUGAAAGCUGCUGAAUAAUGUUCCCUUGUUAACAUAUUGAAUCACACACCCUCUAUAUAGAAUGAACUCCCUCAGCUUCAUAGAGUCCAAUGAAAGCUGCUGAAUAAUGUUCCCUUGUUAACAUAUUGAAUUCCACCCCCUCUAUAUAGAAUGAACUCCCUCAGCUUCAUAGAGUCCAAUGAAAGCUGCUGAAUAAUGUUCCCUUGUUAACAUAUUGAAUCACACACCCUCUAUAUAGAAUGAACUCCCUCAGCUCCAUAGAGUCCAAUGAAAGCUGCUGAAUAAUGUUCCCUUGUUAACAUAUUGAAUUCCACACCCUCUAUAUAGAAUGAACUCACUCAGCGUCAUAGAAUCCAAAGAAAGCUGCUGAAUAAUGUUCCCUUGUUAACAUAAUGAAUUACACACCGCUUUGUAGCUUCCCAGAUAUUUAAACUGACAUUGAAAAACGUGACAUUUCGAAAUCUAAUAUGAAAUACUACUGUACUGCUAUUGUAGCUUCUGGUAGAUAUCAUUUUGUAGUUUAUUUGAUUCACAUGAUGUUAAAUAAAAGACUAUAUGCAAAACUUUAUGCCAGACCUGUACAAGGUGUUUAAAGAAAUUCUAUUGAGAAAAUGUGUCUCUGGGACAUAAUUCACAGUGCUUUUUACAAAGACAACAGUAAAAAAAAAAAUAUAUACAUAAAAAAAAAAAACCCCACGCAGUGUUAAAGGAAUUGCUGAAGCCAGACCGCUUUUGUUUCAGCACAGUCAUGAUUUGGCCAGCAUCCUGGUUCUUGUGGAGAAGGAGAGAGAUUGCUGUUAGCAAACUAAAGGGAUGAUCAGGCAUAAAAACAUGCCUGUCUUCUGGAAGAAAAAUAAAUAAAUAAAAAGACUGAUUUGGUCCCUAAAUUGCUUCCGUUUUUCCCCCAUUGACCCGUGCUCCAAAAGUGGGCUGUGUAAUAUCUUCCAGGAAUUUAAAAAAAGUAUAUCGCAGAUCUGCAAGGAGAGGAAACGGCUUUAAACUAGCAAGUUUUAGUCUGAAUAAAAGUCUGUUCGAAAACGCGAAUUGCAGCGUUUUUUGUCGCUGAAUGUUCUCGUCUAGCCAAGUAUUUGCCGGGUAUAUUUUGACAGGCAGCAGAUUUAUUUCCGUGUACGAGAACAGAAAUCAUUUUUGUUUUCCUAUGAAUACGUUUCAGGCAGUGUUUGUUGUUGCAAUAGUCAGAUAUUUCUUCCAGCGCUGUCGUAGGCAAGCAUAAUAAAGUAUAGCGCAGUGUUUCAGAUUUCCUUUGUGCCUAACACACGCACAAUCCCGAGCACAUUGUACACGGAAAUGUAAGACUAAAUGGAACACAAAACAGCCCAAAUCGGGUUUUAGGCCAACCGUUUAAAAACACAAAAAAACUUUGAAAAGGAUUUCAAAUUUUUUAUUUAUUUAUUUUUCUUGUAGUUUCUACAGUAACAGCAGUCGAUUUGAGUGGCUCAGCGGUUGCAGGACUGGGCCGCGAUAAGAAAGGAUGUGAGUUCGCGUGCUCACACCAGAGCUGCCCCCCCCCCCCCUACGCACACAGUCAGGGCUGUUGAGCAUUCAGUCUUAUUAAAAACUAAAAAGGACCACAGUGUCAUUCAACCUUCUAUCUUAUCGUCUAAAACUUGGUGGUCAUUUCGAUUUCCCCCUAAGUCUGUACGACGCAGAACAAAAACCUUCCUGGCAUUGACGUCACUUAGGGACCCCUCCCACUGUACGAGAAGAAAAACGCACUGAAACACCUUUUGUUUUGUCCAAGUCAGAGCUCCGAGACACAGUCUGUGUGUGCCAGUGGGACAGUGCCUUGAAGAAGGGAUGAUGCAGGGAAAGAGAAGUGGCCUUUGAUGAGAUUUGUGUUUUUUUUAGUUUUUUUUAACAGAAACACACAAGUGGGCUAACACCCCGUGCUUGCAGUGCCGAUUUUAUUUCAAUGCACCUUCACAAGAGGAAUCGGUACCCGUAAAGCUGAGGGAACACAGAGCAGCGUUGCGGCUUGGAGCUUGGUUUCAGGAGGCUGGGUUUGAGGCCACUGCACGGCAACACCAGGCAGAGAGACUUGGGGUUUGAUACAGCAAUCUCAGACUAGGUCUCCUGCGAGACAGUGGUCUCCUGGAACCAGGUUUCAGGGGGGUCCGAUUGAAGGGAAAGUUGGAAUUCGAUUGCAGCUCAGUCCAUGUUAGCCCACCAAAGCCAAAUCGCCCACACACACAACUUUAUGAAAUAGCUGAAUGGCCAGUUUUGAAGGAAAUAAACAUAAAGCACUUUAUAGCAAACGUUGCCUAGUGGGGGGGGACUCCCUGUUCUCUUUUUAUCCAUCUGUUUUUAUUAUUUUUUAUAUUUUUAUAAUAUCUUGUUCUUCCCUUUUUUUUCCAAGCAGUGAGAAGGGUUGUCCUACCAACACAGCAACUGAAUCAACUAAAUUAAUCAAAGGUCACUUCUUUUGAACCCGGAUCCCUUCGUGAUAUUGAGAAAACGGCAGUUUACUCGCUGCUUUAUUACAAGGUACACUCGGGCUUUUUUUUUUUUUCCAACUCUCCCUAAAAAUAAAAAAAAAUAAAAAAAAAAAUUAAAAAAAUAAUAAAUAAAUAACUUAAAAAAUAACAAACAAACAAACAAACAAACAAAUUGCUCUUUCUUCCCUGUUAAACCCAAAAAGGAAAACUAAUCUUUUUACCCUGUGGACUUCGAAAAAAAAAAAAAAAGAAAUAAGCACUUCCGUUCAUGGAC